AUGGUGCUUUUGCCGGUCCUUGCCUGGCCGCGGUCUCUGGGCUGCCACGCCGCGCUGCGCGGCCAUCCGUGGCCCGACCUCCGCUGCGAGUCGCUGCGGCCGCCGGCAUGGGGCGGGGGUGCGCCGGGCGCCGCACCGGUUGGCAGGCAGCCCGAGGCUGGAGGGACUGCCGCCGCCCCGCCGCCCGCCGCCGCCGACGGCGGCUUCGGCGGCGGCCCUGCGGCGGUCGGGCUGCCGCGCCGGCGAGCCGGGCCCCGCGGGCAGCGAGCCGAGGGCCGAGGGUCUCGUCGGCGGGAGCCUCUACGCGGCGGCGCUGCCGGCGAGCCCGACGCACGCCUGGAGGGGCGGCUACAGUACCAGCAUCCGCUUCGCGCACGAGACGGGGGACCCUCGUCGGCUGAGGCAGCGGCAGCUGCGGCGGCUGGGCGCGCUGCUGCUGGGCGCCUGCGUGCUCGUGUCGGCUGCCGUGCUG